AGACAUCACACCAUGAAAUUUUGACAAUUCCCCAUACAAACUCAUAUCCAAGAACUUCAAAAAAUGGUUAGAGGCAUCUUCCACAUAUGCCUCUUGGCAUCGUUUCUUCUUCUGCCACAAUUGUUUUCCACCGUAAACUACCGUGGCUUCACCGUUGGAGCAAAUGUUCCUUCUCCAUGGGACCAUAAUAUUCCCCCACCACCAGAAACCACACCAUUCGCAAGCCCCACCACCAGUCCUCCAACCACUUCAGCUCAAUCCCCUGGUCCAGCGGCCGCAUCGUCUCCGAUCAACAACAGCUCUAUCUCCGGCGACAUGACAUGGUGGUGCAAUAAGACUCCACACGCUAAGACAUGCACCUACUACUUCCAAAAGAGCUCAGACCGCAACAUUAGCCGACCACCAAGGUUUCGGUCCGAGUUUCUGCGAAUGCUGGUCCAUGUAGCACUUGACCAAGCCGUCAUUGCACACGCUCAAACAGUUAAAUUAGGUCAGAGCUGCACCAAUAACCAACAGAAAGGCGCUUGGUCAGACUGUGUAACGCUAUUUGAAAAUACGGUCACUCAGCUGAACCAGACGUUCAACGGACUUAACCCGGGGGCUUCUAGUGAUGUGAAGUGUUCAGACUUCGACGCACAGACGUGGCUCAGCACGGCUCAAACCAACAUCGAGACAUGCCUGUCUGGCGCGGAGGAUCUGAAAGUCUCAAAUUUCGUCAUGCCGGCCAUCUCCAACAAGAACUUGUCGGAUUUGAUUGGAAACUGCUUGGCCGUCAAUGGAGUUCUCAUGAAGCAACAUAAUCAUAAGACUGCUAACCACAAAGAAUAUUUCCCAAGCUGGGUCUCAAGACACGAAAGACGAUUACUCGUAUCCGCAUCUUUAGCGAAAUCGAGACCCCACCUAGUGGUGGCACAGGACAGGUCCGGCCAUUUCCGGUCAAUUCAAGCUGCGAUAAACUUCGCAGGAAGACGGAGAAUCAAGUCAAGAUUCGUAAUAUAUGUGAAGAAAGGUGUUUACAGAGAGAACAUUGAAGUUGGCAACGAUAACCACAACAUCAUGCUCGUUGGCGAGGGUGAACGAAAAACAAUCAUCACCAGUGCUAGAAGUGUCAAGGGUGGCUAUACCACCUAUAACUCAGCAACAGCGGGUUUUGGAGGCCAAAGGUUUGUUGCAAAGGACAUGACAUUCAUCAACACGGCAGGGCCAUUACGCGGCCAAGCUGUUUCUGUUCGGUCAUCCUCUGACCUCUCUGUUUUCUACCGUGUCGGUAUCCAUGGAUUCCAAGACACUCUCUUCAUUCACUCGCAACGUCAAUUCUUUAGAGAAUGUUACAUCUCAGGCACCAUAGACUUCAUCUUCGGAAAUGCAGCUGUCGUAUUUCAGAACUGCAUGAUUCUUGUCCGAAGACCUCUGCAUGGCCAAGCCAACGUUAUUACCGCUCAGGGUCGUGGUGACCCUUUUCAGAACACAGGUAUAACCAUCCAUAGCUCAAGGAUAGUCGCUGCUUCUGAUUUGAGGCCUGUGAUUCGAGCUUACAAAACCUAUUUAGGCCGACCGUGGCAAGCGUAUUCGCGUGUUACAAUCAUGAAGACCUAUAUAGAUAACUCAAUAAGUCCCUUGGGAUGGUCUCCUUGGUUAAGAGGUUCCAACUUUGCUCUCAAUACAGUUUUCUAUGGAGAGUAUAAAAACUUCGGACCAGGUUCUUCUACAAGGUGGCGUGUCCGGUGGAAAGGCUUCCACGCCAUAACCAAUGCCGCUGUUGCUUCCCGGUUUACUGUGGGAAGCCUCAUCGCUGGUGGUUCAUGGUUGCCUUCUACUGGCGUUCCGUUCAAGACAGGGUUGUGAGGAGAGUUGCAUGUUUUAUCCUAAAGACUAGUGUGAUUAUGUGUGUAUGUAAAAUCCUUGUUUUACAUAUUACUGAUUUAUUUAUAUCUUUUUACCUUAUUUUAAAACCAACAAAUUAUUCUAUAUA